GGGGUUAGCCCUGCGUCAUCAGCCCGGCCGCCAUUUUGUGAGUCUAUAUGAGGCGGUCGCCUAGUUGCAUACGGUUAUUACGGCGCCUCCUCUACGAGCUGGGUGGUUGUUUAGUGUGCCAUGGAAGGAAUUGUUCAAGAUAUAACAGUUGGCACAAAGCGGGGAUCUGACGAACUUUUCUCUUGUGUUACUAACGGACCCUUUAUCAUGAGCAACGCUGCAGCAGCUAAUGGUAAUGACAGCAAAAAAUUUAAAGGAGAUGGCAGAAGUGUAGCAGUUGGCUCUAGAGUGAUCCAUCUUCGUAAGCUUCCAGGCGACGUAACUGAGGCAGAAGUGAUCUCUCUUGGGCUGCCGUUUGGAAAAGUUACCAACAUUUUGAUGCUGAAAGGCAAAAACCAGGCCUUCCUUGAAAUGAGCACUGAGGAAGCUGCCAACACCAUGAUUAGCUAUUACACCAAUGUUGCACCAGUUCUUCGAAGCCAGCCCAUUUACAUCCAGUACUCCAACCACAAAGAACUGAAGACGGACAACUCUCCCAACCAAGCUAGAGCUCAAGCAGCACUGCAGGCAGUGAAUUCUGUAGUGUCUGGCACCACUGCUCUUUCUGCUUCUGCUGCUGCAGUGGAUGUGGGCAUCGCAAUGUCAGGACAGAGCCCUGUUCUUAGGAUUAUAGUAGAAAAUCUCUUCUACCCUGUCACACUUGAUGUUCUUCAGCAGAUCUUCUCAAAAUUUGGAACGGUGCUGAAAAUAAUCACUUUCACAAAGAACAAUCAGUUUCAGGCACUUCUGCAGUAUGGCGAUCCAGUGAGUGCCCAGCAUGCUAAACUAUCUCUAGAUGGGCAAAACAUUUAUAAUGCCUGCUGUACCCUUCGCAUUGACUUCUCAAAACUGACCAGCCUUAAUGUAAAGUACAAUAAUGACAAGAGUCGGGACUACACCCGUCCUGACCUACCAUCUGGAGAUGGACAACCUUCUCUGGAUCAGACCAUUGCAGCCUUUGGAGCUCCAGGGCUUAUUUCUGCCAAUCCUUAUGCUGGUGCUGGAUUUCAUCCAGCCUUUGCAAUUCCUCAAGGUGUCCAUGGUUUAGCUCCUCUGACUCUACCAUCAGCAGCUGCUGCUGCAGCAGCCGCAGCAGGCCGACUUGGUAUUCAUGGACUUGGCAUCCCUGGAAACUCAGUCCUGCUAGUUAGCAACUUAAAUCCAGAGAGAGUUACACCCCAAUGCCUCUUUAUUCUUUUCGGUGUGUAUGGUGAUGUGCACAGAGUGAAAAUACUCUUUAACAAGAAAGAAAAUGCACUUGUACAGAUGGCAGAUGGGAACCAAGCUCAACUUGCAAUGAGUCAUCUGAAUGGUCAGCGGCUCCAUGGAAAGCCCCUCCGUACAACUGUAUCAAAGCAUCAGACUGUUCAGCUACCACGGGAAGGACAGGAAGACCAGGGCUUGACAAAAGACUACAGUACCUCUCCCCUUCACCGCUUUAAGAAACCAGGCUCUAAAAAUUUCCAGAAUAUCUUCCCUCCUUCAGCCACACUGCAUCUCUCAAACAUUCCGCCAUCUGUAUCCGAAGAAGACCUAAAGAUUCUGUUUUCAAAUAAUGGGUACGCUGUGAAAGGAUUCAAAUUCUUCCAGAAAGACCGCAAAAUGGCUCUCAUCCAAAUGGGUUCUGUUGAAGAAGCUAUAGAAUCAUUGAUUGAAUUGCACAACCAUGAUAUGGGAGAGAAUCAUCACCUACGAGUGUCCUUUUCCAAAUCCACAAUUUAAAGAACAUGGCAGAGGAGAAAGGAGGACUCUUAAAGCCUGAGGAGAGUGAGCUCUGAUAUCAGAAACCAUUCCCAAGGGUUCACUUCCAUCAUUCCAGUUAAAAGUCACUUUAUGGAUGAGAAAUGCAACUAAAGUGUCCUUGCAUACCAGAUUUAUUUUACGAUGCUUUUUUUUUCCCCCUUUUUUUUUUUAUUCACAUUGUUUUUACAUGGUGAAAUUCUUUGUGUGGGGCAAUAAGGAUUAGUCCCAAGUAUGUCUACGCCCAAUGCAGGAGACUUUCUAUAAUAAGUCUUUAUUUAAGGACCAAAUAUUCAUAUUCCCCUUACAAUGCUCUUGUGCAGUGUGGGUUUUCAGGUCUACCAUAUACCAAGAUAUUGUAGGGAGUACUUUCAUAUUCCAUCUUGAUCAAGUAGAGCCUUAAUUUGGCUUGACUACAUAGUACUACAAAUAGUCAAGUUGUUGCUGGGAAAAGAGCUUGGUCUUUAUCCCUGGAGACUUGAGUAUGCAUCUCAAACUUGCAGGUGUAUAAUCUAAUGGCUUUACACUUUACCUUUUUGUCUUCACUAACUGAAGCUUUGCUUAUUUCUCCUGUAGAAGGCAUUUACUUUCUUCACAAUAUUGACCAAAUAUAUUUUCAUUGUUCCUAGAUGAUAUUUCCUUUCCAGUUUGCUAGCUUGUGGAUGCUAUUGGGAUUUGGUGCCAGUGCAGUUGUUAUGCAAUUGAAUAUCUUUAUGGGACUUGAUAUUCUAUGUUUGUAUCUGACAGGAUACAGAAAGCAAAUAUAAAUUGACUUUGAAUGAAUGUGGCCCUGAAGGUUCUGAAAUUUAAAUGUUCCCCUAUUUGAGAGAUUAUUGCAAUGCUUGUUUUUUUUUUAUGCAGCUUUUCUUUUCCUAUGGGCACCACACUGCCUCCAGUCUUACCUAAAUAUGCCUUAAUACAUCACCCUACUAGGGUGUAUAAUUUGGGACCAAAUCACUUCAAAGAAAAUGGUCUGUGCUGUUCUGGUCAUUCCAUUAGUUGGGGGGGGGGGAACUGUAUCACUGACCACCAUGUAUGUACAUUGUUUGGCACUAAUGUAUCCCAGCAUCACCUGAGUGACCAACCUGAAAUAUUUUAUAAAUAGCAAGGGCUUGGUUGGAGAAGAAUGCAAACUUAUUUGCUGGAUUAUGAUCUGAAAUGUUUUACAGCAUCCCCCCCCCCCCCCCAUCAUAUGUUGCUUUCUGACAAAUCUCUUAAACUCUGCCUUGUUGAAUCUAUUUACCUCAGGGGUAUAACAUUUACAAUGUCCUAGAUGCAGCGACUAACACAAUGGCCCAAUUCUGGACAAGCCUUAAAGCUCCAGCCCAAUGUGUUAAGUGCCUUUGCAACAUUUGAAAGUAAGCAUUGAAUAUUGCUAUCAUUUCAUUUUCAUUGCCCAACCCCACUCACAAACUCUGUCAGUAAAGGAUUUCUGCAGAGAUUAAUUUUGUUUUUUCAACUUCAGUCCUCCUGUACAUUUGCUCAUGGUUUACAAAACUGCUAGAGCAGUGUGAGUAAAACCUUUGGCUGUCUUCUUAAAAUGUACGGAGGCUUCAAUCGGAGACCCUGGUUUUCUUUUAUUGAUAAGCAAGGAUGCGGAUGUGCCUCUCUAUACUGUGGAUUUCACUCUGUAUACAAAACUGUAAAUAAAUGUAGCUUUUAUAUUCCUGUUAAAGUACAAAGCUGAAACAGUAUAUUUUGUGGUAAACUGUAUAUUUUGAUAACCUUUCAGAGAUCCAGUAUUGCAGAAUGCAGAUAUGACCAACAGCUAAAGAAAGCCAUUACCUCUAAUCAAAUAUUUGUAUGAAAGACAUUAAAACUAUUUUAUAAGAAACCUUUAAACUUUCUGUAGAUGUUUGUUCAAUCAAACUGUAGCAAUCAGCCACUAUGUAUUGGGCCUUAUAAAUAAAAUUCUUUUCUUUUUUCCUA